UAUAUUUUGAUACAUCCCAGGGCCACCACCAGUUGUAUACCAGGGGCCAUUUAGACAAGUGGAAAAAAGUCGUCCAAAAUGGGGAAAAAAGAUCCACCAACCAGAUACAAGCCCCACAACCCGGGCUACAUGGGAUGUCUACAAAUACUGCUGUUGUCCACCAACCUCAUGUACAUGGUGGGUGGUGCCUUACUGAUAGUCGCCGUUCUGUCCGCUAACCUGCGGUUUGAGGAGUGUCUCCAGGACAAGUCGUCUGAGGAACACAGCGUCGAUUUCAUGGCGCUCCGGAACACCUGUCUCCUCGUGGGGGGUCUCAUCUUCGUCACGGGAACGGUCGGCUGCUUCGCGGCUUGGAAGGAGAGCUACUAUGUGUCCUUGGUGUAUUGUUUCUUCAUCGGAUUACUCUUUAUCCUGACGAGCGCCGCAGUCACCACACUUCUGGCCAUGCACCUCUUACGAACGACCUACAAUAACUUGGACAAGUUUAUGACGUACACAAUGAAAGCAAAGGGACCAGAGAGGAUAAUAAUAGACAUCUUUCAAAACCAGUUUGAGUGUUGUGGCGUCCAUGGCUACAAAGACUGGUUCGGCCACCCGAGGACAGCUUCUCUCGGGCCCAAGUCCGUGCCGCCAUCGUGUUGUAAAAACGUCAGCAUCCACUUAUCUUUAGACAGGCUUUCAAAAAUCUGUGACCAUUCAUUAAACAUCACGUUUGCAAGAAAAAUCCAGAGUUGUGGAGCGGACAUGGGCUCUCCUGCCGUCGCUAGGGGGAAGAUCUACACACAGGGUUGUGUACAGGUGACCAACGACCUCAUCAUGAAGCACAUUGUUGAGUUAGAGUUGGCGGUGGGGAUAUUGGCGAUCUUGGAG